CCCUCCUGCCGCCCCACCACCAGUCCAACACCACCCGCUGCUGGCUGCAUCCAAGCUCCAAGCCCGCACCCAAAAUCCGGAGCCUUUCUGCGUUUCCCCACCAGAGAUUCCCCUUCCUUGGAGCCUAGUGCGCGCGCGCCCCGCACGCGAGAACCCCCCCGCCGCCAUGUCCUUCCCGCGGCUCCUCGUCCUCUUCCUCCUGGCGGCGGCGGUGGCCGCGCCGCCGCGCCGCGCGGCCGCCGCCUGCGCGGCGGAGCGGUUCUCGGGCAACCGCGCGUUCGCGGCGUGCGCCGACCUGCCCCGCCUGGGCGCGUCUGUGCACUGGACCUACGACGCCGCGGCGGCGUCCCUGUCCGUCGCGUUCCUCGCGGCCCCGCCCUCCGGCGGAUGGGUCGCCUGGGGGCUCAACCCCACCGGCGACGGCAUGAGCGGCACGCAGGCGCUCGUCGCCGUGCCCAAGGGCAGCGGCGCGUACGAGGUGCAGACGUACAGCAUCUCCGGGUACUCGCUCGGCUCCCCGGGGCCGCUCUCCUACCAGACGUCCGACGACCUCGCCGCCGAGCUCGGCAGCGACGGCCGCGUCCGGAUUUUCGGGACGCUCAAGCUCCAGAACGGCACCGGGGAGGUGAACCAGGUCUGGCAGGUAGGCCCAUCCUCCGGCGGGGCCAUCGGUAUCCACUCGACGACGAAUGCCGACAACCUGAACUCCAAGGGGAAGCUGAACCUCCUCACCGGGGCCAGCACCGCCGCCAGCGGAGGGAACAGCAUCCUCAGGAAGAGAAAUACCCAUGGAGUCCUGAAUGCCGUGAGCUGGGGUCUCCUGCUGCCCAUGGGAGCCAUUUUUGCGAGAUAUCUCAAGACAUUCAAAUCGGCCGAUCCCGCAUGGUUCUACCUCCAUGUCGCGUGCCAGCUGAUUGGCUAUGGCGUCGGAGUAUCUGGCUGGGCAACUGGGAUUCAUCUUGGAAACAUGUCCAAGGGAAUCACCUAUUCAGUUCACAGGAACAUUGGGAUUACAGUAUUUGCUCUUGGUACUCUGCAGAUCUUUGCGCUCUUCUUGAGGCCGAAGAAGGAUCACAAGUACCGGUUCUACUGGAACGUUUACCAUCACUCCAUCGGUUACACCAUCAUCAUACUGGGCAUCAUCAACAUUUUCAAGGGAAUGUCCAUCCUGAGCGUCGACCAGAAGUGGAAGACGGCCUACAUCAUCGCCAUCUGCAUCCUGGGCGCCAUCGCCCUCAUCCUGGAAGUCGUUACAUGGGGCAUCGUCUUGAAGCGGAGGAAAGAGGACAGCAAGACCUACAAUGGCAACGGGAACGGCCACUUGCCGCUAUCCAUGUAAUGACUCCAUAGUCAGGUCCCUUUGGCCUGCAUUUAUCUUCACUGUUGUGUUGGUGUGCAGAUGUAGGCUGUAGCUCCUGUGAUCGUAGUGUCUAAUCUCUCUUUUUGUAUGAUAGAUGUGUGUAUACUGCACAAUUAUACUGGAGAUGAGUCAUGAGUGAUACUAGUGGCAUCGGUCAUUGCCUGCCUUUUGUUC